ACAUUUUCUUUUUCCUUACAUUUCAGGCUCUGGUUCGCAUUCUCUGUGUUUGAAACCAUUCUUUUCCAUCCCUUCGUAUUUGACGCUCUCAAAGACAAGACUUUCUACAACUUUCUCUCUCUUUGACCGCGAAACCCAAAUUCUCUUUCAUAGAUUCUUCGUUCGCUCGCGUCCGUAACGACUACGCGCACACAACACACACACAUAUAUAUGUAUGUGUGUAUGUACAUGUAACCGGGCAAAGAAAAAUAUCAAUAACAAUAGCAGAUUAUAGUAGUCUAUAGAAAGAAGAGGCAACCCUUGUAUUUCAUUGAAGGAAUGGAGGCAAAAGCUAAUGGCUCCAGGGAGGAAGAGAAUCGUCGUCCGGUCAUCGAUAGACCCACCAAUCCAAUGGUGACACCUCUUCUCACAGAUCAAUAUCAGUUCACUAUGGCCUAUGCUUACUGGAAAGCCGGCAAGCACAAUGAACAUGCCGUAUUCGAUUUAUAUUUUAGGAAGAACCCCUUUGGCGGUGAAUAUACAGUUUUUGCUGGUCUAGAAGAGUGCAUAAGGUUUAUUGCUAACUUUAAAGUCACAGAGGAGGAGAUUGGUUUUAUCAAGACAUCCUUGCCCGAUACAUGUGAGGAUGGCUUCUAUGAUUAUCUUAAAGGAAUUGAUUGUUCUAAUGUUGAAGUGUAUGCUGUUUCGGAGGGAUCUGUUGUUUUCCCAAAGGUACCCCUACUUAGGGUUGAAGGACCAAUUGCUGUGGUUCAGCUAUUGGAAACUCAAUUUGUAAACCUUAUAAAUUAUGCAUCAUUAGUUGCUACCAAUGCUGCAAGGCAUCGGUUUGUCGCUGGAAAGUCUAAACUUCUUCUUGAGUUUGGGCUUCGACGGGCACAGGGGCCUGAUGGUGGAAUAAGCGCAUCAAAGUAUUGCUAUCUUGGUGGAUUUGAUGCAACAAGCAAUGUUGCAGCUGGGAAGUUAUUUGGAAUACCGCUUCGUGGAACACAUUCCCAUGCUUUUGUUAGCUCAUUUAUGAGCCCUGAUGAGAUCAUAGACAAGUCACUUCAGAGUUGUGAUCAUUCAAGUAUUUGUGAGGACUUUGUUAGUCUGGUGCAGACAUGGAUAAGCAAAAUGAAGAGGUCACAUUUAUUACAUGGCAUUUUUGUUGAGACAAAUCAGAGUGAGUUAGCAGCUUUCACCUCGUAUGCCCUAGCGUUCCCCAACAGCUUUCUUGCUCUUGUAGACACGUAUGAUGUUAUGAGGACAGGAAUUCCUAAUUUUUGUGCAGUUGCUCUGGCACUCAAUGAUUUGGGGUACAAAGCAGUUGGCAUUAGGUUAGACUCUGGUGACUUGGCAUAUUUGUCAUGUGAGGUACGGAAGUUCUUCCGCACUAUUGAGGAGGAAUUUGGAGUACUUGGUUUUGGAAAGAUGAGUAUUACUGCUAGUAAUGACCUCAACGAGGAAACUUUAGAUGCUCUAAACAAACAGGGUCACGAGGUUGAUGCAUAUGGAAUUGGAACUUACUUGGUUACAUGCUAUGCUCAAGCCGCUUUAGGAUGUGUAUUCAAGCUUGUUGAAAUAAAUAAUCAGCCUCGUAUCAAACUCUCUGAAGAUGUUUCAAAGGUUUCUAUUCCAUGUAAAAAACGGUGUUACAGAUUGUACGGGAAAGAAGGUUACCCCCUUGUAGACAUAAUGACGGGGGAAAAUGAACCACCUCCAAAGGUAUCCGAACGGAUUCUGUGUCGUCACCCAUUUAAUGAAUCCAAGAGAGCAUAUGUGGUGCCCCAGCGUGUUGAGGAGCUUCUGAAGUGCUUUUGGCCUGGCAGCCAAGAUAAAGUAAGAGAAGAGUUACCACCCCUUGAGGAGAUCAGGGAUCGUUGUAUUAAGCAGCUGGAGCAAAUGCGGCCAGACCACAUGAGGAGACUGAACCCAACACCUUACAAGGUCAGUGUAAGUGCAAAGUUGUACGAAUUUAUUCAUUUCCUAUGGCUCAAUGAGGCACCUGUUGGGGAGUUGCAGUGAUGACGUAUGGACAAGAUGAACUGCGAGAACAUCAAAUAAAACAGGAGUUAUGAAUCCAUUGAAAUUGGAGGAGCCUGAAAUAGUUGGCAUAUAUAUGUUUAAUACAGAGAUACAUACCUCUGUAAUUGAUUAACUGUGAUUUUUUUUCCCGUAUUGCUUAAUAAAGAAAAUUUGUUUAGUUUACCA